CGCGCUCGACUGUGGUCCUCAGCCUCCUCCUGAGCCAUCGCGCAGAUCCCCCGCGGACCUCCUCCCCCCUCCCUGAAAAUGGACGACGUCCCGGACUUGGUUCACAUCUCCAUCUCGUUGUGGAUCCAACCCAACGACGGCGACGUCUUCUUCAAGGUGGACGGAAGCCGGUUCGGACAAACCCGAACCGUCAAGCUGCUCACUGGCUCCAAAUACAAAAUCCAAGUCCUCGUCAAGCCCGGAACCGUCGAGGCCACCAACAUGAACAUCGGCGGCGUGGUCUUCCCGCUGGAGGAGCAGUCUCGGGACGUCGACGGCGUCGUCUACCACGGACGCUACGACACCGAAGGCGUCCCGCACACCAAGAGCGGCGACCGGCAGCCCGUGCAAGUCAGCAUCCAGUUUGGGCGCGCGGGCACCUUCGAGACGCUUUGGCAGGCCAAGUACUACAACUACUACAAGCGCGAGCACUGCCAGUUCGGCAACAAGUUCAGCAGCAUCGAGUACGAGUGCAAACCCAACGAGACGCGCACCCUCAUGUGGAUCAACAAGGAGGCCUUCAACUGAUUGCCCCGACUGAGCGCCCCCCAAGCCGAAUGCAAUUUGGUGACUCCCCGCCCCGGCGUCCUCCCUCACCUGCUUCCUGCGCCCCCCAAGCCGAGUGCAAUUUGGUGACUCCCCGGCGUCCUCCCUCUCCUGCUUCUUGCCAACUCUUUUUGUGUUUCUCCAUGAUAAAAGCAACAAGAAUAGCAAAAG